AUGAAAGUACUUUUAGUUCUAUCGGCACUUCUGGCUGCAGGGGCUGCUCUGCCCAUUGAGGACCGCGUAAAUGGCGAAAACGGCUGGUACAUUCCACAAGCCGAUGGAAGCUUCAAAUGGGUGGACCUGCAGGAGGGCGAUCAGAUGCUGGCACAGGGAAGGCAAAUGGAAGGUCGCAUUAGCACCAAUGCCGUCAAUUUCUAUUUGUACACCAAAUCGAACCCGACAAAGGGGCAGGAAAUCACGUCUACCAGUAAGUCGAUCGAAGACUCUCAUUUCAACAAGGACCAUCCCACUCGUUUUGUCAUUCAUGGGUGGACUCAAAGCUAUACCGACUCAAUGAACACUGAAAUCACAAGUGCUUGGCUGUCGAAGGGUGACUUCAAUAUCAUUGUCGUGGAUUGGGCUCGGGCACGGUCCAAGGACUAUGCCUCGUCUGUUGUUGCAGUACCUGGUGCUGGGGCUAAAGUUGGAGCUAUGAUUAAGUAUCUGCACGACAGCCAUGGCAUGUCCUUGUCCACUCUCAACGUCAUUGGCCACAGCUUGGGCGCUCAAGUGUCCGGAUACGCUGGUAAGACUGUAGGCGAAGGCCAGAUUCAUACUAUUGUUGGUUUGGAUCCUGCGCUGCCGCUAUUCAGCUACAGCAAGCCGGAAAAGCGUCUUUCUUCCACCGAUGCCUACUAUGUGGAGUCCAUUCAAACCAAUGGAGGCAAACUCGGAUUCCUGAAACCCAUCGGCAAGGGUGCCUUCUACCCCAACGGCGGAAAAAAGCAGCCCGGUUGUGGAGUCGACCUCACAGGCUCCUGUUCCCAUGGCCGUUCCGUUACCUACUAUGUCGAGGCCGUAAAACAGGAUAAUUUCGGCACAAUUAAGUGCGAGGACUACGAGGAUGCCGUCGCCAAGAAAUGCGGUAGCACCUACAGUAGCGUCCGUAUGGGAGCUGACACCAAUGCCUACAUGGUUGCCGGUGACUUCUACGUGCCAGUGAAUAGCAAGGCGCCUUUCGGCAAAAUCGAGUAA